GCGAUGGUCAAGAAGCACGAACUGCCGUUACCAACGAAGGAUGAGAUAGAAAUAUUGCAUAGGAAUCCUACUACAUUCGAAGAUGAAAACGUACACAAAAUAUACGACGAGAUCGCUAAUCACUUUUCAUCGACUAGAUACAAACCCUGGCCAAUUAUCAGCGCAUUUCUAGCCUCAAUUGAUGAACAUUCGGUUGGUUUAGAUGCUGGAUGCGGUAAUGGGAAAUAUAUUCCACUUGCUAAGCACCUCUUCGGUCUUGAUAGGAGCGUCAAUCUUCUCAAACAUGCACAUAGAGCAGGUGACGCAGAUAGAGAAGUAAUCUUAGCUGAUACUCUCCAUUCCGUUACUCGCAAGCAUGUAUUUGAUUAUGCUAUCAGUAUAGCAACAAUACACCACCUGGCUACUGAUAGACGGCGAGUCGAAUCGAUUCAGUCAUUAUUUAACGCUGUAAGCCUGAAGGGUGGUAGGAUACUCAUCUAUGUCUGGGCGCUUGAGCAGGGUGAAGACAGUAGGCGUGCAAUACCAGAGAAUUCGACGACUUCAUCCAACUCUAAAGGUUUAGAUGUUUGGGUACCUUGGGUAAACAAAGCAGAUGGUAAAGUCUACAACCGCUAUUACCAUCUUUUCGAAAAGGGAGAACUUAGGAACAUAACGGAAGAAGCCAGUAGAUUGUCAAAAGUUAACAUAGAAGUCGUUCAAGAGGGUUAUGAAAAGGAUAACUGGUAUAUAGAGUUGCGCACACAAGGAAGCAUAUAAAAUACGCAAAAGAGC